UUUUCAUUAUUUCGUGUAUCUAUAAUUCGGCGACUUGACAUAUAAAUUGGUAUUUGCUUUCUAUUUGGCAAAUAUGAUUUCUGAUAAAAUGCGCGCUCAAAUGUAUCGCGAUCAUCGCCAGCGAUUACGAUAUGUUCGAUGUCGUGUUAAUAGCGGUUCAGUUCGUUUGCCAUCGCGUAUAAGUGCAAAUUGUGUCAACUCAGAUUCGUUCCGUUCGUUGAAAAACAGAAAUAUGUGUAGGUCACAAUCUAAUAUAAUUUUUUUACACGGACAAAAGCUCCCACAAUUUGAGAAAAGAAACAUCCAACAGCAUGAUCAUCGUCUGUCCACCAAAUCAAUCAUAGAUGAGCGUAGAAGUAUUAUAAAGUCGAAAUCUUUGGCAACAAACGAAAAGCUGAAUAAUCAACGUUGCAGUCCAAUGACCUAUCCAUCGAUUGCUCUAAGCAAGUAUCCAAUUUUGAAUUUACCGGAAACUGGCAUUCAGCUUCAACGUCUCUUGCGCCCCGUAAUUUUUAUAGAUCUAGAGCUAAAAGCUCUUCGACCAGUGGGACGUGUACUUAUUCAAUUAUAUACGGAAGCAUCGCCUCAAGUUGUAUUGGAGUUCAUCCGCAUAGCUAGAAACAAUAGCGCAGAUAGCCUUUUCAUCACUCGUGUUUUUCCAUCUCUAUGGUUGGAAGGAGAGUUAAGGUUACCGCCAGAUUCUCAUACACACAGAAAACAUGAAUUCGAUACACGAAGUUUAAAUCACACAAACCAUGGCGGUAUUGUUUCUUAUUCGCGUGAAAAUAUAAGUGGUAUCGAAAGCGACCGACUGAGCUUUGCAAUCUCCUUUCGACCAUUGCCUGCAGCUAAUAGCAAACGCAUCGCUUUUGGACGAAUUGUAGGUGGCUUAAAAUAUCUCUACGAACUUCAAGACUAUGGCACAAAGAAUGGAAAGCCGGCAAGAAAAGUUUUCAUUAACAAGUGUGGAUUAUUCUCAAAGACUUUGCCCUCGCGGAGAUAUUGAAAUUACACAUGAAGUUAUGAGCAAGAUCUCAUUUUCUAAUCCGUAAAAGGUUAUCAAAAAUUAAGUAUAUAUGUACAUGCAUGUGUAUGUAGGUUAUAAGAAAAAUUAUGUGACUGAUCAAGCCAUUUAGUUUGAAAGUGGAAAGUUAAAUUCGAAUUUAUGAAUUCACUUUUAGAAUAAACGGCUUUUGCAAGUUCUAUUGAGUUUGAUUUCGAUAAACAAUCUUACAAUAAAAUACGACUUACAUAUGGUAUUAAUUUUUAUAUCAUAACGUA